UGUCACAUCAAUGUAAUUCCGAAUAACAGUAGUGUGGUUUUUAUUCAUGUUUUAUCUUUAUAUUUACAUCAUCGCCUGGUUAGUAAUGUCUGCAGUGCAUACACACCCGGAAAAAUUUUAUAUUAACAAAACAAUUGGUCCUGUGAAAACCCCGUAUGUGUACAAAGAGAAAAAUUACGAAAUUGUUUUCCCGAAGCGAGUAAAUGCCCAUUCAGAACACCUAACCUACGCCAUGAAACACCACUAUAACGAAAAUAAAGAUGAACCAGACCCGGAAAUGCAUUUAAUGAUACCAAUUCAAGGACGUAAUCAUCACAUUCAUCUACGACCAUCAAGAAAAUUAUUUAGUCCUGGGAUGAUUAUUGAAACUUUUAAACACCCCCGGAAAAGUCAUCUACAACUUCCGGAUGCAAAAAUUAACCGCAGAUGUCAUUAUACUGGUAGGAUUAGAGGUCAUCCAAGGACACGGGCUGCGUUGUCCACCUGUAAUGGUGUGUCAGGCUACCUCCAAACUGGAAAAGGAUUAUUCAUGAUCGAGCCGAGAUUUAAGAAGGAUCACUCGAAGGAUACGCCGCACGCUCAUGUGUUGUACCAGGACGCGAAAAGGAAUUUAUUUUGCGCGACGAGCGUGCCAAAGGUCGACCGGAAGCGGAAGCGCCAAGCGCAUCUGGCAGACACGACCAGUGAGCUGAACAUCGAAACGCUGGUAGUCCUAGAUCAGUCUCUACUACGUCAUCACAAGGAUAUUGAUAUUGAGAACUACGUUUUGACAGUGUUUAAUAUGGCUCACGAUUUAUUCCACGAUUCGACAUUGGGCGUUAACAUCAAUCUGGCUAUCGUUCGAUUGAUCCGACUAGAGGUCGAAGAUCACGAGAUGAAUAUCGCUAUGAAUCACAAUAUCGAAAAAUCCAUGCGUUACUUCCGGUUGUGGCAAAAGCGGAUUAAUCCCAGGGAGGACACUCAUCCGAAUCAUCACGAUAUGGCUGUGUUGUUAACAAGGAUUGACAUCUGCGGCAAUGACAAGACAUGCGGUUUCAUGGGGGCGGCAAGAUUCGGCGGGAUGUGCGACCCGGAAAACCAAGCCGUCAUCGCUCAAGAUAGUGGUCUGCUUUUGGGCCACACGAUCGCGCACGAAAUCGGCCAUACUUUAAGUCUGAUACAUGACGAAAGCUCAGCAAAAAUCGACCUUUCCGAUCUGCACCACCUCGAUGACGAAAUGAGAUCAACAGUAAUGAGUCCACAUAUAACCGACGCCAUUGUAGAAUGGUCCAACUGCAGUCAUGAGCGACUUAAGCACUUUAUUGAUAAUGGUCUUGGUUCGUGUUUAUUCGACGCGCCCACCGAGCACAGUUUUGUCAUGGCCGACGAACUUCCGGGCGUCAUGUAUGAUGGCGACCAUCAAUGCCGGGAAAUUUUUGGUCCUAAUGCUGCUCUCUGCAUGACAGGCGUUGAAUGCGAUAACUUGAUAUGCUACGUAGAGGACAAAGGGUGUAUCGAGACGCACACACGUCCGGCGGAAGGCACGUCAUGCGGCGAGAAACGGUGGUGUUUUCACAGUGACUGCGUUGAAGUAGGCGAACGUCCUAAUGCAAUCCAUGGUCAAUGGAGCAACUGGUCCGACUGGAGUGAAUGCACUCGGACCUGCGGAUCGGGGGUUGCUAGUCAAAUGAGGUUCUGUAACAACCCAGCACCGAAAUACGGAGGGAAGUUUUGCGAUGGGGAUAAUAUCCGAUAUAAAAUUUGCACCACAGAACCCUGUGAUCCUGAUGCCCCAAACUUUAGAGACAUCCAAUGUUCGGAAUUUAAUUCCUGGUUAUACCCAGGUGACGGAAAGGUUCAUCAGUGGAAAAGUUAUCCCAUACACGACGAAAACCCUUGCGCCUUGUACUGCGUGAGCGAGGAUGGUAAUAUAGCAUCCCUUAGGCCUCGCGUGAUUGAUGGGACAACGUGUUAUCGCGGAAUUCGUGACAUAUGCAUCAACGGAUUAUGUAAAGAAAUCCCAUGCGAUCUUGAUUUGCAAUCCAACGCCGUGGAGGACAGAUGCGGGGUGUGCAGGGGUGACGGCACCUCGUGCGAUGUCGUACGUGGGGAGAAGGCGAUGUUUUGUGUCGGGAUGGUGGCGGCGGCUGAGAAGCAAAUCAUGACGAUCCCCGCCGGCGCCGUCAACGUCAAGAUCGAGGAGAUGCUGCCGUCGGAAACGCGCAUCCAGGUGCGCGACAACUCGGGCAGGAGUAUCUACAUCGACGGGGAUAUGUUAGGGAUGUAUAAUGUACAUGGUUCCAAUGCUUGGGUAGGGAUGAUCCGGACCAAACAGGAAGCAAUCAGUAUAAUGGGACCUUUGAAUGAGGUCAUAUCAAUAUGGGCAAAUGUGCAACAAAAUUCCACUUUAAGAUACACUUAUGGUCUUCCAAGUGCAAAAAACCGUUCUACCUCUUUUAGUUGGGAUUAUCUCGAUUGGUCCUCUUGUUCCACAGAAUGUGGUCCUGGGUUGCAAACAAGUGUUCCUAAAUGUGUUGAAAAAAUAUCAGGAUUGGUAGAUGAAAGUUUUUGUAAAAACCAACUAAGGUUAAAGGACCAGACGAGACCUUGUGAAAUAGCUCCUUGUAUCCCAAGAUGGUUUGUAGGCGAAUUCGGGGAUUGUGAACACUGUCCAACUGGUACCCGCACCCGGAUAGUAAAAUGCUACAGACCUGUUGGGACUGGUGAAGGGGAACUUGAUAUCAUCGCUGACAGUUUUUGUGCUAACAACAAACCCAAAACAUCUGAGAGUUGUUCUUUAGAUGGAUCUGGUAACACUGGUAAUACAACUCAAAGUACAACUUGUAUAACAGAAAGUAACACUACCACUAUUAAUCCUAACACAACCAUCACCGAAGAGUAUGACCCAUUUGGAAUGGACGUUUCCACAACCUCCACUCCAAUGCCCACUUUAACAAUACACACCGAACUGGAAAAUGGGAAGUACCCGCAGGGUUUAUCACAUCCCAAGAACUCCAAUGAGACUAGAUAUGAAUAUACCGGAAAAGAUGCUUUGAAGUUCCUGAAUACCAUGCAGCAUGACUUCUCGAACAACAAGACAAAGAUUUGA